UCUUCGACUUCUCAAACCGCCCCCCCCCCCCAACAAACAAAAAAACGAAAGAAAAAAAAAGCACCUCCUCGACUGCUCUUCAGCCGCGCCGCUCCGCAGACAGACAUGCCUCGGACCCGUCGCUGUUCUUCCGGGGGGAGGGGGCCCGGAUUCACGUCGGAUUUCGCCGUCUGAUCGCUCGGGACGAAGAUGCCCCAAACGCGAGGCGAGCAGCGAAGAGGAGAAAGUGAGCCUCGUUUGAGCCGCAGCGUAAAACUCGGGAGCGCAUCAAAGGCCGGCGGCAGCCUGUAGCGCCAGUUAGCUCGUCGGCUAACCGUUACAGGUGUUAACGGCGGAUCGACCCCUCGACGGAAAACGUGACGUGUAGCUGCAAGUUAGCCGAGCUCACGCCCCGGGACUCCACGCCGAACUUCACGUUUGUACUAUGAGCUUUUUGAGAGAAACGGGAAAGUGGCCGUAAUGACGCGUAGCAGCGUUGUUGUUAGCCGUUAGCUCGUGCCGUGUUUAUAGCCGCCGAGCUAGCGAGGUAACUUUACGGCUACAUGUGCUUGUUCCACGUCGGAGCUCCGGACUCGCGGCGCGGUUUAACGAUACUCCUCCGUAUUUUUUACAAAGCGAGACGGUUUGACUUUCCCCCCUCCCGCCGUGCCUCUGCCCCGGACUGACCGCCCCCCCUCCACCCCCACCAGGACUAUCAACCCGGGGCCGAUGCUGACAGUUCAGCCCGGAUCACGGAGCCGCUACAGCGAUGCAGCCCCAGCAGAUAUACGACUUUUCAAGUGACGAGAACAGUCACAAAUGGAGAGGCCUCUUCGUGCAAGCUUUGCGGAAGGUACAGAAGCAGGUCCACCCAAACCUCAUGGCGAAGGAGGACGCCCUGCAGCACAUCGAGGAGCUGAUCCUGCAGCUGCUCAACAUGCUGUGCGUGGCCCAGCCUCGCUCCGUGCAGGACGUAGAGGAACGUGUACAGAAAACUUUCCCCCACCCGAUAGAUAAGUGGGCGAUCGCCGACGCCCAGUCGGCGAUUGAGAAACGCAAGAGGAGAAACCCUUUACUUCUCCCUGUGGACAAGAUACACCCACUGCUUAAGGAGGUGUUGGGCUAUAAAGUGGACUACCAUGUGUCCCUGUACAUCGUGGCUGUGCUUGAAUACAUAUCGGCAGACAUACUGAAACUGGCGGGCAACUACGUCGGCAACAUUCGGCACUAUGAAAUCAGCCAGCAGGACAUCAAGGUGUCCAUGUGUGCAGACAAGGUGUUGAUGGACAUGUUCGACCAGGAGGAGGACAUCGGCUUGAUGUCUCAGUGCACCGAGGAGCCGUCGUCCUCCGGGGAGCUCACGUACGACGACCUGGUGAGGCUGGAAAUCGCAGAGGAGCGGCAAUACCUGCGAGAGCUCGACCUCAUCAUCAAAGUGUUCCGCCAGCACUUCCUGUCCAACCCCAAGAUCUUCACGCCUCAGGAUGUGGAGGUGAUCUUCAGCAACAUCCUGGACAUCCACGAGCUGACGGUGAAGCUGCUCGGACUGAUCGAGGACGCCGUGGAGAUGACGGCCGACGGCAGCCCUCAUCCGCUGGUGGGCAGCUGCUUUGAGGAUCUAGCAGAGGAGCAGGCGUUUGACCCCUAUGAGACCUUGUCUCAGGAUAUCCUCAGCAGGGAUUUCCACGAGCACUUCAACAACCUGAUGGCGCGGUCAACCGCCGGCCUCUACUUCCAGUCGGUGGCCGAAGGCUUCAAGGAGGCCGUCCAGUAUGUCCUUCCACAGCUGAUGAUGGUCCCAGUAUACCACUGUAUGCACUACUUUGAGCUGCUGCAGCAACUUCAGGAGCGCAGUCAAGACCAAGAUGACCGAGAGUGUCUGAAACAGGCGAUCACGGCGCUGCUCAACCUUCAAUGUAGCGUGGAGCGCAUCUAUACCAAGCACCAGCCUCGCCGCAAACCCGGCGAGCCCAUGUACCGCCUGUACAGCAGGCAGGUCCGUAGCAAACAACUCGCCAUCAAGCGCAUGAACGAGAUCCAGAAGAGCAUCGACGGCUGGGAGGGCAAAGACAUCGGCCAGUGCUGCAGCGAGUUCAUCCUGGAGGGGCCGCUGUUGCGAGCCGGUGCCAAGCACGAGAGACACAACUUCCUGUUCGACGGCCUGAUGAUAAGUUGCAAGGCCAAUCAGAGCUCGCGGCUCCCGGGUUCGGGCAGCGGGGCGGAGUACCGCCUGAAGGAGAAGUUUGUGCUGCGGAAGAUCCGCAUCGUGGACCGCGAGGACUCGGCAGAGCUGCGGCACGCCUUCGAACUGAUCGGGAAGGACGAGAACUGUGCCGUUUUCUGUGCACGGACGGCGGAGGACAAGGCGGCGUGGAUGGCGGGGCUGGUGACGCUGCAGUACCGCUCCACUUUGGACCGCAUGUUGGACACGGUGCUGCAGCACGAGGAACAGGCGCAUCCUCUAAGGCUGCCCUCCCCGGAGGUUUACCGCUUUGCCGUGCAGGACUCUGAGGAGAAUAUUGUGUUUGAGGACAAGGUGCAGAGCAAAACCGGCAUCCCCAUCAUCAAGGCCGGCACAGUGGUCAAGCUCAUCGAGAGGCUCACCUACCACAUGUAUGCUGAUCCUAACUUUGUGCGCACAUUUCUUACAACGUACCGAUCGUUCUGCAAACCACAAGAGCUUCUUACUCUGCUGAUAGACAGGAUUGAAAUCCCUGAGCCAGAACCGACUGAGGAGGACCGACAGGCUCUCUGGAACGGCGACCAGCCAAUGGCGGCCGAGCUCCAGAGAUUCCGGAAGGAAUACGUGCAGCCGGUCCAACUCAGGGUUCUCAACGUUUUCCGUCAGUGGGUCGAACAUCAUUUCUACGACUUUGAGAACGAUCCGGAGCUGAGGAGUCGAUUAGAGGAGUACAUCUCCAGCAGGAUUCAGCUGAGAGGCAAGUCGAUGAGAAAGUGGGUGGAAUCUAUCAAUAAGAUCAUCAGGAGGAAGCUGCAGACGCAGUCCAACGGCGUCAGCCACAACAUCACCUUCGAGAGCCCACCUCCUCCCAUCGAGUGGCACAUCUGCAGAGUGGGCCAGGUGGACUCGUUUGACCUCAUGACCCUUCAUCCCAUAGAGAUCGCCCGCCAGCUGACUGUGCUCGAAUCGGAGCUGUACAGGGCGGUCCGGCCGUCCGAGCUGGUCGGCAGCGUCUGGACCAAAGAGGACAAAGAGAAGAACUCGCCGAACUUGCUCCGCAUGAUCCGCCACACCACCAACCUCACACUGUGGUUCGAGAAGUGCAUUGUAGAGACCAUGAACCUGGAAGAGAGGGUGGCCGUGUUAUCGCGGGUCAUUGAGAUUCUGCAGGUUUUCCAGGAGCUCAACAACUUCAACGGUGUGCUGGAGGUGGUCAGCGCCAUCAACUCCGUCCCAGUCUACAGGCUGGACCACACCUUCGAGGCAAUACCAGAGAGGAAAAAGAAAAUCCUGGAAGAGGCUGUGGAGCUGAGCCAGGACCACUUUAAGAAGUACUUGGCCAAACUCAAGUCAAUAAACCCACCCUGUGUGCCUUUUUUUGGUAUCUAUUUAACCAACAUCCUGAAGACGGAGGAAGGCAACCCCGACUUCCUCAAGCGCCACGGCAAGGAGCUGAUCAACUUCAGCAAGAGGAGGAAAGUGGCUGAAAUCACAGGAGAGAUCCAGCAGUACCAGAACCAGCCCUACUGUCUGAAGGUGGAGCACGAGAUCCGGAGGUUCUUCGAGAACCUGAACCCGAUGGACAACAGGAGUGAGAAGGAGUUUUCCGACUACCUGUUCAAGAUGUCUCUGGAUAUUGAGCCACGGAACUGCAGGCAGGCUCCUCGAUUUCCCAGGAAGACCUUGUACACUCUGAAGUCCCCGGGGAUCCGGCCCGUGCGAACGUCUACCUCUGGCACCCUGAAGGGCCACCCGGUGCCCCUGGAGAGGGAGCCGCCACACAAGAUCACCUUCCGGAGCAUCGCCGAGACCGAGCCGGAGACCACGACCACGACGGCGGCGUCGGCCUCGGUGCCCACGUCGCCGAACACGCCGACCCCCCCGCAGUCGGCCUCCUCCGACCUCAGCUCCGUCUUCUUGGAUCACGACUUCAGCAGCUCGUACGGCGGUAGCAACACCAUAUUUGCUCCUGUUCUUCUGCCGCCUUCAAAGUUCCAGUCGGUGUCUUGCGGCAGCCUCCACCACCUCGGGGAGGAGCUGCUGAAGCCUCCUCCUCUGCCGCCGCGACGGAAAGACGCAAUCUCUGAAGCCAAACUGAGCUCCAGGUCCGACAGCCCCCCGGCCAUCCCCCCCCGGCUGCCCCCCCCUCUGCCCAGGAACCAACCCCGACCGCUGCUCUACAACGGCCCCCCCAUGGACGGCCCCCUGCCCAGCCCUCCGCCGCCGCCGCCCCGCGACCCUCUGCCCGACACGCCGCCCCCGGUGCCCCAGCGGCCCCCCGAGAUCUUCAUCAACUACCCGCUCAACAUGCAGCCCUCCCCCGUGGGCCGAUACCACUGGGACUUCAGCAGCUCGCCCAGCUCCCCCAACACGCCGCCCAGCACGCCGUCGCCCCGCAUCCCCAGGCGAAGCUGCCCGCUCAGCGCCAGCCAGAACAGCCUCUACCCGCUUCCGGUUCCCAUCACCGCGCCGCCUGUCCCCCCGCGCCACAACUCCAGCCCACAACUCCCCAAACUCCCACCAAAGACAUACAAAAGGGAGCUGCUGCUGCAGCCGCCGCCGCUACGAGGCCUCUCAUUGGUGGAGAACACCGACGGCAGCCAGUGAGUCUGCGUUGUCGGGUUUUUUUAAACACCAGGAGGUUAUCUUGAAAUGCAAACUUCAAACCGUCUCCUGCAAACAGUGGACUCAAAGCUACUGAUCAGAACGAAUAACACUGCUCCUCACACACACACACACACACACACACACACACACACUUAACUCCACCCACCCGCCCUCUGCAUCGACCAAUCACCUCCCCGCUGUGCCUCUCAGGGGAUCAGUAGCUCCGCCUUCAUCAUAACAUAAACCCUCUGUGCCAAUGAGAAACCCUCACCGGUGUGCCAGCUAAUAAACAACAAGGAGUCGAGUGUUUUGUGUCUUUUUGGUCCACAUGGAGCGGGACUGUUGCUCCUGAUGAAAGUUCUCACCCCUCACACUCUGAACCCCACGCCCCUCCCCUCUGUCAGGGCGGGGCUGAAUGUGGGGGCCUUGGACUCUGUCGCGUCAACAGGUCAUGCGUUUGUUUCUUUGGGCAUUGACAUGAUCUGGAGUCGUGCUGCAGCUCCCGGAUCGUUAAGACCUCCCUCCUCCUCCUCCUCCUCCUCCUCCACGUUCCGCUCAGACGUCGCUCUUUCACGAGGCUGUGAGCAGCAAACAUUUCCAUUCACGUGUUUUUUUUCUUUCUUCCUACGAACUGAUAAACAAACAGUUGCCAAAGUCUUAUUUUAUGCAGGGGGAAAAGGGAUAUUUUUUUUCUUUUUACAAAUUUGACAUUAAAAUAAUCGGAGGCGACACUGAAUCUCCCCCCCCCCCCCCCCCCAAUCAUCAUGUAUCUCAACUGUACACUGUGACUGUAUAGACGCGAGUCAAAACUGUCCCGACUGUUUUUAUCUGAAGACGGGCCUCUCCGCAGCCACAAAUUGUUUGCACAUCGAGUUUGGGCCGAGUCAGCAGGUUUUUUUCCCCCCGAUCAGACUAUUGAGGAGGUCCCUCGGCGGGGCGCGACAGCGGGGGGGGGGGGGGUCUGCCACGAUAUCGACCCGGCACCGAGGCGGGGGGAGCCGGACGCGUUUCUCUCUCCAACUCUUCCAAAAAGCUGAUGUCUUAACCGAUCCCCUCACAGACGUGCGCUGCUGUCGUGACACUGCUCUUCUUCUCCAAAAGCCCCCGUGACCAACUCGUCUUCAUUGGUAUGAAAACUCGGCACUGGAAGCACGCGACCUCCUAACCAGAGCGGGGUCGGCUCCCCCCGGCGGCUGCUCGACGUACCUUUAGAAAAAGAAAAAAAAACACCAUGAAAAAGAGGAACCUUUGAACCCAACUUCUUCUUUCUGUCUCUCUCUUUUUUUUUUUUUCUCUCUCUGCUUGAAAACAUUUUGUUUCUCUUUUGGAAAGACUGAAAUAAUCCAUGCAUCAUGCUCAGAUGUGCCUUUUUUUUUUUUUUUUUUUACUUUACUGAAAUAAGCAAAUGGUGUCUAAAAUGCUAAAAAAAAUAAAGUUGCCUAUGUAAUGUUUAGAACAAAGCUAUACACUAUGAAAUUGUACAUGUUUGUGGAUACUGUGUAUAUAUAACAUGUAUACACUAACUAAAUAAUUUGUAUAAAGUGGCAAGUUCCCCCCCUUCCCCUCCCGUUGUAUUGUACCCUCAUCCGCAUCUGUUCAGUCGAAUAUUGCCUAAUCAAUGCUGCUACAGUCGGAUAAAAAAAACUAAAAAAACAAAACAAGAAAAAAAACAGGUCACUGUCACUAACUUACUUACAGACAAUCUCCAGUUGAACAACUGGGAGUAUUAACUGAGGAAAGCCAUUUUUUUUCUUCCCCGCCCCCCCGUAGCUGUUGUAAAGCAAUGAAAGAAAGAAAAAAGAAUACAGUUCAGUCCGCCGAGCACUUACUUAGACAUGUGCUUCACUUUGUACAUCCUACUAAUCGCCUUUUUCUCCUUUUUUAAAAGAUUUUUUUUAAUGCUAACAUUCAUUAAACGGAGGUUGGGAUUGUAUUAAAGUUGCAGUUGAAUACACAAAGACCGAUAUUCAGUUGCCAGUAUUUGAGCAUAGUGAAGAAUUUGACUUUUCUUUUUCUCUUUUUUUUUUGUUCUUCUGAGAAACACACUUUGUGCACUUUAGGCUGUACUGUUGAAGAGCCACAGUUGUUAUAGGUCAUGUUUGUAAAUGCAAUGGUCCUAUGCAACUGUUCAAACUCACUUUCUACAUGGAUAUAUGGAUAGAAAAAAAACACAGAUCCACCACCACCUCCUCCUCUCCUUUUGUCCACAUGACGUCUCUAAGAGGCACAAACGCCUGAGUGUCUGACGACCGCGAGCAGGACGUCGUCGGCAGGAUGAGGAGCAAAUAAUCUCGUGCCCUUUCUCCUCGUCUCCCUGACGAUUAAACAUCUGAUCAAACUCGAGGUGAAACGGCCGUUUCGGAGUUUUUUUUUUUUAAUCGACGGCUGAAGUCCAAUCGCUUCCCUGCCUUCAACUCGUGUUCUGUCCAGUUCCCCCAAGUUUCCCGAGCCAGUAUUGGUGGGGUUGAUUUUGCCAAAUUUGUCUUUUUGUUUUCCGUUUGUUUUUUUGUUAUUGUUUUUGUUUUAACCCCCCGACCGAAUCACAGAUCGGUUUUCCUCCAGUGGCACUGUAACAGCUUGAUCCAGCAGUCGGUUUAUUUGAUGGUAUGUGGCCUUUUAACUGCUUUGUAUUAAUGGUCUUCAUGAGAUUAAUAAAUCACCCAGUCUUAUUUUGUACUGAACUACU